AUGUCUAGCGGUGAAGAUGAUGCACACAAAACGUACUAUUCUAUCAAACGACGAAAAACCGUGCCACCUACCAUGUCCCUCCCAAAACAGUUUCUGAAGUCAUUCAUACCUCUUUUCUUUGGCAAGGAAAGUGCAGAAAAUGUUCAAAAAAGGCAUCAAUUAUACGAGUCAAUUUGGCUGCAGCAAAGGAAAAGGAUGGAGAAUAUAGUUUCCAGUGCUUACGACGGUCUUUUGAGCAGCCUAGAGUCAUAUAUUGGCGAGCCUUUGUUGGGGGAUCAAAAAUUAGCGGUUGCCUUCGCUCUGCUCGGAACCAACACUGCCAACAAUUUGAGGAUUCUUAACGAAUUGAGCCUGCGAUUAGAAUCAGGAACUGCCAUUCACCUGCGAGUCAUCACAUUAAACUCGAAAAAUAGCGCCAAUAUCAAGUCGGCUCUUCGAGAAAUCAAUCGUCAACUAUUAGCUCAAAAGACCAAGAACGACGAUAAUGACGAAACAGACACCAUGUUUGGAGACAAAGAAGGUCGUAUUGCUCAUGAUUUUGAGAUUGCUCGCGACUGGUGCUUGGACUAUAUGAAUCAAGAGGGCGCCUCGGACAUGGCUACGACCAAAUUGAGAUUAUUACUUAUCAUCCAAGAUGCCGACUCAUUGAAUACUCAAGUGUUGAACCAAAUUAUCAACGUUCUUCACAUUUAUACCGGCUCGAUUCCAGUCAAAUUGGUACUUGGUCUCUCCUCAAAUAAGGUACGUGACUGGAUCAACACAAGCAUUAGUGCUCUGCUUCGUCUAUCCAUCAAGGGCACUAAAUUCAAGAGUCAAGAUAAUAAGCAAUUGGCUUAUAGGAUACUAGAGAGUCUUUUUUUGGACCCUGAAAAUGAAAACCCAUUAUUGCUUGAUUCAAGAUUGGCGGCAGUUAUACUCAACAGAUUUGAACGUGCGAACAAUUCUCUUGAUAGCUUAAUGUCGGAGAUCAAGCUUUGCUAUAUGAUUCAUUUUUACCAACUGCCUUUAUCUAUCCUUACUGACGCCAAUUUUGCUCCAACUUCUCAGUAUAUCUCGUCACUAAGGAGACUUCCCUCGUUCAAGUUGCAUAUAGAACACUUGGUUAAGCAAUUCAAAGAAAACCAACAAGAUACAAAGGCUGAGAUCGAGGACUUGUUAGACUCGGACGAGAAACUUAAUUUACUCUUGGACACUUCGAGGAAAGAAUUACAAGAAUACCACAAACAAUUGAUCCAAGCCGUGAAACUUCUACAAACCUGUCACCUUCAUCUACCACAGAAACAUCUGAAUUUAUAUUGGUACAAAGUGCUUCUGGGCGGUGAUAUCUUCAACUGUGUUAGCUACAAAGAGCUAUUGACCCACUUGGGAUCACUCUCGGAGUAUGAGGCUAAAACUUUACUUGCCAAGUUGAGUCUGGAAGACGAAUUUGAAGACGAUGUUUCGGGUCUUUCCAGUGCCCUGGAUGCUCGAGAUCUAGUCAACGAUUAUAUCAAGAAACAUGAGUUUCAGCGACCGCUUCACUCAAGAACAUUCUAUGAAGUUUGGACACUUAGUGGUGGGUUUUCAGAGCGCGAUUUGAUAGAAUCUCCUCAUGUUGAAGAAAAUCUUGAGAAUGCUAUGCUUCGUUUACUUCGACCUAAAUUGCGCCGGUCACUAGAGGAAGCACUAGACAAUUCUUCAAUAUACUUGGGCGACAACAAAAAUGACGAAGGUUCUCCCAUCGCGACACACCUAUUCAACGUCUACAGAGAUGCGCCAGUUUCCAUCAAUGUCUACGAUUUUUACUGUGCAUUCAAGCAAUCUGUGCCUAAAGACUCGCUUUUGCAGGCAAUGAAGAGUCAAUUGCAUGAGUCACCUGUGAAGAAUGAGGAGUUGUUUAAAGCCAUAGAGACCAUUGAGCACAAUGACGAAGCUUGGGAAAAGGCAUCAUUUUCGUGGUUUCUCCACACUUGUCAUGAAUUUGUUCUCCUUGGACUUUUAAAAGAGAGGUCCAAGGUGGACUUUUUUGAAAAGGGGAUCUGGAUUGGAUUGUAG